GCGCGCCGGGGGCCGUUAGCGGCGGCGGCCGUUAGCGGCGGGGCGCGCGCGGGUGGAGGCCGGAGCCGCCUCAGCGGCUGCGGGGGGAUUGUGGCAAAUAUUUUCAUCCCGGUUUAGCCUUCAGGGGCAUCAGUAACUCCAAAUGGCUGGGUCAGGUAGAGGAAGAGGGCGUGCUGCAUUUACCUUCAACAUUGAGGCUAUUGGUUUUGCUAAAGGUGCAUCUCUACCUGAAGUAGUAUUCAAGCCUCCACCACUGUUUCCUAGUACAGACAAUAAGCCAGUGCCUCUGAAAACAGGAGAAGAUGAAGAUUACAUGUUGGCCUUAAAACAAGAUCUUAGAGGAACUAUGAAAAAAAUGCCUUAUUUUUUGGCAGUAGAAGAUGAUCAUGAAGCAAUUGAAAGAUACAGUAAAAAGUACAUGGAGACUGAAAAGGAGGGUGCAGCAUGGACCCCAGAUUGGAGAAGACUCCCAAGAGAGAUGAAGCCAAGCAAAAAGACCAAGAAAGCAGGUACCAAACCAAAAAAGGCAAAAAGCUCUGAGCCUAAAAGUAAUCUGGAUGUGUUGAAAAAAAUUGAGGAGUUGGAAAAGAAGGAUGAGGAAGAAGAAAAAUCUGAAGAUGAGAAAGACAAAACAAAAGAUAAAGAAGGUGAAGAAGAAGAAGAAGAACCAGAAGAAUAUGAUGAAGAGGAGCAUGAAGAGGAAAAUGACUACAUUUCUUCGUACUUUGAGGAUGGAGAUGACUUUGGUGCUGGCAGUGAUGACAAUAUGGAUGAAGCAACAUAUUAGCUAUUGUUGCUAGAUGGUAUACUAUUCAAGCCUUAUUGCUACUUCAAAUAAAGUAGGCCAAGUAUCACUGAGGGAGCUAAUGCUUUAGCUCUUGGUUUUUAUCAUACUUUCAAAGAAUAUAUUGAACAUUCUAAUUUUCCUAUUGCUGUAAAAUAGGGCACUGAUUUUAUAUUUUGUUCUUCUGCCAAAUAUUUUGCAGACAUGAGCCAGUUUAAGGUUCUGUGGAAUGUCUAACAAUGGAAUAAGCUAUAUGCCAUUGUAUUGCCUCUGCACAGGAAAAGAAUGUAUGUAUUUAAUUGAAUUGUGCCUAAGCAUUUGCACUAGUCAGUUGUAUGCUUUAGCAGUCAAAUCUUGAAAAAAACAGUGAAAUUCUUGACAACUGGAGUAAAACAAAUAUAGGGUCUUUGUGGAGAUGAACUACUUACUUCAGAGCUGCCUUCUCUGAAGUAAUUUAUAUAACUUCUGAAUUCAGGUCACUGAAAAUAGCUAACCACUAAGCACUUUAAUAAACAGACUUGAAAGUACCUUAAUAAUACAGACUAACACAGAAAUAAGUCUUUAAGAGCUAUUAUUUUAUCAAGGAAUUCUUAUUUUUAAGCAUUUUGGUCAAAAAGGAGAAUAAAUACUUAAGAAUAGUAUUGCCUUUAUGAGUGCAUUCUGUAAGUAAUAACGAAGAGUAGAUUCAUUACAAACUAUAUAUGGCUGAGGAGUAAAAAGGAAUCCUAGUUUUGACUAGUGGUAUAUAAAAUGACAAGAAUUCACCUCAAUUUCUCCACCUGUUAAGGAGAGUAUUAAAUUCCUACCUCAUAGAGUUGAAAAGUGAAAUGGUAGGUGCUAACUAUCUGCAUGUCAAUGAUUUUCUUCCCUAUAAAACAGUAUUUAAGAGAACCAAAGAACAGAAAGGACAGAAAUGUAGGAAAAUAAUAUAGUAAAGCUCUUUGCAUGAAAUUGUAAUUGGGAAAACAGGACAAGAGUGCUAUGAAUAGCAAAACUAAAUAUAAUUGUUUUGAAAAAUCUAAGAAAUACAGAAAACUUCCUGAGAAUAGAGACUUGAGGGACACAAUGACAGCAUUCUCUAUAUCCCCUUUUCCCUCAGUAAUACAAAUUGUUUUAUUGAUUACUUUUUUUUUUAAUAUUGAUAACUACAUUUUGUUCCUAGGAACAAUGUCCUCUGUGAGAGAACAGUUUUAAAACAAAACCAAUUUUAUCAGCAAGGGGAAAUGCAGAAGUUUUAGCUUGAAGUUUUCUGUUCAGUCAAACAAUACCUCAGUGCUGACUGGUCACUAGGUAGUACUGCAUUAUUCUAUGGACUUCUACCUGCAAUAAGCAUUUGUUAAACCUUUAAGGUGUAACUUUCAAGUGUUCAGACUGAUAAAAACACAUAUCUGUCCACAGGAAAAACUAAAAUGCAAUGCAAUGUAAGUCACAUCUCACAUGUAUACUAAUUUUAUUUAAGGGUUCAUUAGCUAUGCAAAUAAAUACUUAGUAAACA